AUGACAUAUUCCAAAAUUGCUGUAAUAGGUGGCGGUCCAUCGGGGUUGGCUGUCGCAAAAGCGCUUGCGCUAGAGCCGGUUGAUUUUGAAACCAUUGAUCUAUUCGAAAGAAGAGACGAUGUAGGUGGUGUAUGGUAUUUUGGAGGUAAUAAAUCAAAUUUAACCCCUCUUAUUCCUUCAUUGACUCCUAAUUCUUUUGAUUAUGAUGAAAAUACAAAUGUUAAUGAUACUUUUACAUCACCCAUGUAUAAAUAUUUAGAAACUAAUAUUCCAGGAAAAAUUAUGGAAUAUGAAGACCUACAUUUUAGUGAUGAUUUACCAUCUUUCCCAUCCAGAGAUGAUGUUUUUGAUUAUAUCAAAUACUAUUCUAAAUCAAUUCCAUCUGGAAAAGUCAAUUGGCAUUUUAAUUCUAAUAUAGUAUCCUUAACAAAGAUAAAUCCAACAACUUGGGAAAUUGUUGGGAAAUCAACCAUUGCCCCUUAUAAUCAAUUCAUUAAAACCUAUGAUGCAGUAGUCAUUGCCAAUGGACACUUUGGAAUUCCAUUCAUACCUGAUGUCAAGGGAUUAUCUCAUUGGAAUCUACAAGAACCUGGAUCAAUCACGCAUGCUAAAUAUUAUAAUGAUCCUCAACCUUUUAAGGAUAAAACGGUUCUUAUCAUUGGGAAUUUCGCAAGUGGUCAAGAUAUAUCAGUUCAAUUAUUAGUAAAUGCCAAACAGAUAUAUGUUUCGAUCAAAGAUGUGGAAGAUUCUGCAAGUCAGUUAACUGAUACCAAUGACUUAAUCAAAUAUAUUGGAUUAGUUGAGGAAUAUAACUAUGAUUCAAAUCGAUCCGUUAAAACCGUUGAUAAUCAAAUAAUUGAAAAUAUCGAUGUGGUUAUAUUUUGUACUGGUUAUUUAUAUAGUAUACCAUUUUUAAAAUCAUAUCCCGAUUUAAUCACUGAUGGUAAUCAGAUUCAUCAAGUUUACAAGCAAACAUUCUAUAUCCCAGAUCCAUCAUUAUCACUUCCUGGAUUAAGUAAGAAUGUUAUUCCUAUGCCAAUAGCUGAAUCCGAAGGUGCAAUCAUUGCUCGUUAUUAUUCUGGAAGAUGGAAAUUACCAUCUCAAGAAGAUAUGCAAGUUGAGUAUGAGGCAGAGAUAAAGGAAAGAGGGACUGGAAAGGCCUUUCAUAGUUUACCAUAUCCUGUAGAUGUUGCAUUUUAUAAAUCCUUACAAAAGAUUAUUGAUGAUAAUAAGUUAGGUGAUGAAGGAUUAAUUGCACCUAUAUGGCACGAUUCAAGGACUCAAUUGAGAGCUGAAUGUUCUCCGCUCAAGAAGGAAAGAGUUAAAAUAGCAGUGGAGCAUGCUCUUAAAUUGAGAGAACAAGGAGAGGCUACAUUCAGUCUUCCUGAUGCAACUCUAUAG